CAUAGCUGUAGGGAAAUUGUAAGAAAGAAAGGAAAGCCAUGGUGAGCAUUUACACAUCACAACCAGCUGAAAUGUGUGUGCUUAGGGGAGGUUCCUAAUCAGUUUGGGUGAUGAGGUCUCUUUUCUGCAGAGCCGAGGGGGCAGGGACACACACAGCCUAGAGAGCAGCCUGGAAAGGGGACAGUAGGAAAGUGGAAACUGAGGCAGGAGGGAGGGCCAGCCGGGAACGAGAGGCGGGCGUUUUCAGCUGUGCCAGAACACAGGUCAGAACACAGGUUGUUUGCAGCAGACGGGCACGUUUGUUACCAAGUGCGGGUACAGAGAAGUGCUAGCGUUCAUUUGGCACUCAGUAGAGAAGCCAGCCGAGGUGUCUUCCUAUAGGCAGUGAAGAUACAUGUGGUAGGAAGGCGCUGGCCCAUCUCUGCUCCGAGGGGAAGCAUUUUAAAGUGCAUGCUGUCUUGUUGCCAUGGGGUUGGAUACAGGGCUCCAGAGAAGGCAAAUUCAUAUUUUUCAAAAUUUGUCUUAGAACGAUAGUUGAUGUACAUCGUGGCUUUAGGCACAGUGAGCCCUCAGUAAAUGUUUGCAGUUGAAAUGCUACACGGAUUCAAAAUAUGAAUUUCAAAACCCACCCCUGCCGGCACCGCCCCUUUCUCUGCAUGGUAUUUGAAGUACAGCCUGUGCAAGGCCUGCAUGGACCAAACCUCUGAGAUUUGUUGUUUUUCUUUCUCCUUCCCUCCCACUACACCUGCUCUGGAGCCUCCUACAGACCUCCAGUCACCCCCGGCCGCCUCCCUUCCCCUGGAGCCUAGGUGCCCGGGCCUCAUCUCAGCCCAUAGGGGAGGCUGAUUGUCUUUCUCCUGUUAUGUUGAUGAAGAGCUCUGUUUCUCCAGAAACGACCAUGAACCGAAGCAUUCCUGUGGAGGUUGACGAAUCGGAACCAUACCCGAGUCAGCUAUUGAACUCCAUCCCAGAAUAUUCCCUGCAAGAGGGAUCAGAGCCCCCUGCUCCAAACAUAAGGAACAUGGCACCCAACGGCUCGUCUGCACCCCAAACCCCUCACCAUUCCUCGGAAGACUUUUCUCAGACUCCCCCUCGCCUGCAACUGGUAAACCACCAGCGACCGGUGUCCCGGCAGAUCACCUGCCUGCGCGCUAAAGUCCUGGAGGAGAGCGAAGACAGCUUCUGGAGGAGACAUCCGGACCCGGGCAAAGAUCUGCCCUCGGACUCCUUCGGGGCCAGUGAGCCUAAACCCGAGUCUGUGGUUGGGGCCUUCUCCCCAGAGCAUCAGUUUUCAUUUAGGGAAAAGCAUAAUCAAUGGCUGGGAUCUCCACUCUCAGCAGCUUCUCCUGACACUGGCCAUGGCUCAGGCAAAUCAGACCAAAAUUUACCUAAUGCCUUAGCAGACUCCUCAAGCAAUAGCCAAGAGAUGGUGCAACGGCCCCAGCCCCCCAGGCACCGAGCAGCCCCAGAUGUGCCUACCAUAGACACGGGGUACAAUUCCCAGCCCCAGGAUGUCCUGGGCAUCAGGCAGCUGGAAAGGCCCCUGCCCCUCACUUCCAUGUGCUACCCCCAGGACCUCCCCAGACCUCUCAGGUCCAGGGAGUAUCAUCCGUUUGAACCUCAGAGGCACCCAGCGUGCGCACAGAUGCCGCCUCCCCACCUUUCCCCACGGGCUCAGUGGAACCAUCAGUACCAUCGUCCUGGAGGUCCCAUUCACCAGGUGCCAUAUGGCCAGGACUACCCUCGAGCAGCCUACCAGCAAGUGAUCCAACCGGCUCUACCUGGACAGCCCCUACCUGGAGCCAGCGUGCGAGGCCCACACCCUGUGCAGAAGAUCAUUCUGAAUUAUCCCAGCCCCUGGGACCAAGAAGAGAGGCCCGCACAAAGAGACCAUUCCUCCCCAGGGCUCCUGAGAUAUCAGGACCAGCCGUAUAACCAGCCACCGAAACGAGCUGGAGCUCCUGAGGAGUCCUUGGAGUGUCCUGCCGAACUGAGACCACAGGGUCCCCAGGCUCCGUCUCCAGCUGUUGUCCCUAGACCCCCUAGUAACCCUCCAGCCAGAGGAACUCUGAAAAUAAGCAAUUUACCAGAAGAAUUACGGAAAGUCUUUAUCACUUAUUCUGUGGACACAGCCAUGGAGGUGGUGAAAUUCGUGAACUUUUUGCUGGUAAAUGGCUUUCAAACUGCAGUAAGUAUUGUAUCCAAAGAGGAGACUGAAACCAUUAAAAUUGACAUUUUUGAGGAUAGAAUCCGAGGCAUUGAUAUCAUUAAGUGGAUGGAACGCUACCUUAGAGAUAAGACAGUGAUGAUAAUCGUAGCAAUCAGCCCCAAAUACAAACAGGAUGUGGAAGGCGCUGAGUCGCAGCUGGACGAGGAUGAGCACGGCUUACAUACUAAGUACAUCCAUCGCAUGAUGCAGAUCGAGUUUAUAAAACAAGGAAGUAUGAAUUUCAGAUUCAUCCCUGUGCUCUUCCCAAAUGCUAAGAAGGAGCACGUGCCCACCUGGCUACAGAACACUCACGUCUACAGCUGGCCCAAGAAUAAAAAAAACAUCCUGCUGCGGCUGCUCCGAGAGGAAGAGUACGUGGCUCCCCCCCGGGGGCCUCUGCCCACGCUUCAGGUGGUGCCCUUGUGACACCCCAGCCGCAGCUCACUGGGGCCGGCCACAUCUGGACCCUGUUCUGGCAGGCACUCCUCUAGCUGAGGCUGGCUGGCAGCAUUCGCAGCUGUUUGUGUUCAGUCCCUCCCUGAGGGGCCCUCCAACCCCAGAAAACCUGUUUUGCAGCCUAUUCUUCCUCCUGAGACCUCCGCAGACCCUGUCUUUGGAAUGGAGGCGUGGCUGCUCUGCAUUCCCUGCUUCUCAUCCCCACUGCCUGUUCCUCCGAACAGUCUGACUCGUCCAUUCUGGGCCUCUCACUGCUUAGCAAGGAGCUCAUAUAAGUGACCACAUGUAAAUGGCCACAAACACCCUCCCAUUGCUUAUGGCUACUUUUAUGUGUUAGCCAGAUGCUUGUGUGGCCUCGGACCAAAAGGAUUCAUGUACAAAUAAUAAAACAUUUACUCUUUUGUAA